UAAUUAGUGGGAUUUAUGAAUCAUUCUGAUAUAGUCUUGGGAAGUGCGUGUUUUCUCCUCUUCUUUCUUUUUUUCGGCUAAAUGGGUGAUCACGCAUUCGCUUUGCAGUUGCCUGGUCCCUCUAACAUCAUAUCCUUGUCGGAGUUGUCCCACUUCAUCAGACACUACAACAGCAGCCCGGUGUAUGAUCUCCUGAAUUGCAACAAUAAGAUUAAUAAUAAUAAUAACUCCUCGUCUCUGUUUCCCCUCGUUGCAGCUCAGCAAACCAUGCAGGAUGAUUUACUGAUGGACAAAAACAAAGCCCAGCCUCACCAUCAGCAAGAUCCGACGCAAGUAGACCCUCCUCCCUCCACCCCGACCCCGUCAUCGGAGCCCACUUCUUCUUCAUCGGAGUCGGAGAGCCCGUCAACCGGGAGCAAUCAAGCGGCUUCAGCGCUGAACAGCAGCAGCAGCAGCAGCGGCAGCAGCAGCAGCAGCAGCAAGGACAAAGUGCCGAUGGAGUCGCCGAUCCUGCCCGGGUUGAGCUUCCACCACCAGCCACAGGAGACCGGCGGCUCUCUUUCCUCUCCUUCCUCCUCUUCGUUUGGGAGCACUUGGUCCACGGGAACCACAAACGCCGUGGACGAUAGCUUUUUCCAGGGAAUACCCUCGGUGAACGGGACGAUGCUUUUCCAGAACUUCCCCCACCAUGUCAACCCGGUGUUCGGGGGGAAUUUCUCCCCUCAGAUCGGUCUGGCUCCACAGUCCCAACAGCAUCAACAGCAAGCCCAACAGCAGCAGCAACAGCAGCAACAGCAGCCCCAGCAAAGGAGAUCUCCUGUCAGCCCCAGCCAAGGCCCCUUCCCCCAGAGAAACGCUUAUCAGACCAUCAUGAAUAACAGCAAGGGGUCGUCAUCGUCAUCUUCUGCCUCGUCGUCCGCUUGGAAUAAUCACCAAAACGCCGCUUGGAGCACAGCCUCCAACCCCUGGAGUGGCAUGCAGGCAGGCAGGGACCCGCGCAGAGCUGUGGGCGUCGGGGUAGGGGUCGGGGUCGGUGUCGGCGUCGGGGUGCCUUCACCCCUGAACCCCAUCUCCCCUAUGAAAAAGCCCUAUAGCAGCAAUGUUAUAGCACCCCCAAAAUUCCCAAGACCUGGUCCCCUCACCCCCAAGCCCUGGAUGGAGGACAGCGCCUUCAGGACUGACAACAGCAACAACAUACUGCCUUUCCAGGACCGGAAUCGGCCCUUUGAUGCUUUUAGCUUGCACUCUUUGGAGAGUUCCUUAAUGGAUAUGAUAAGGACUGACCAUGACAAAGGUAAACCACACCCUGCCGGUGGCCCACCAAUGACUAUCGCUGAUAUUAUAUGGAGGAAUCAUUUUGCAGGACGUAUGGGCAUCAACUUUCAUCAUCCUGGAGCAGACCACAUAAUGCCAUUGAAUACCCGGAGCUAUGGCCGCAGAAGAGGUCGUUCCUGUCUUUUUCCCUUUGAAGAUGGUUUCCUCGACGAUGGCCACGGUGACCCCUCCUUGACCCCCGGCCUGAACUCCCCAACCCGCUGUCAGAAUGGAGAGAGGAUGGAGCGCUACUCCAGGAAGGUCUUUGUCGGAGGCCUUCCCCCUGAUAUAGAUGAAGAUGAAAUCACCAACAGUUUCCGUCGCUAUGGACACCUGGUGGUAGACUGGCCCCACAAAGCUGAGAGCAAAUCCUACUUCCCACCUAAAGGCUACGCCUUCCUGCUGUUCCAGGAAGAGACCUCUGUUCAAGCCCUGAUCGACGCCUGCAUCGAAGAGGACGGAAAGCUCUACCUGUGUGUGUCCAGUCCCACCAUCAAAGACAAACCGGUCCAGAUCCGUCCCUGGAAUCUGAGUGAUAGUGACUUUGUCAUGGAUGGCUCCCAGCCUCUAGACCCCCGCAAGACCAUCUUCGUAGGGGGGGUGCCUCGGCCCCUGCGUGCAGUGGAGCUGGCUAUGAUCAUGGAUCGGCUGUAUGGAGGUGUUUGCUACGCUGGCAUCGACACCGACCCAGAGCUCAAAUACCCAAAGGGAGCCGGUCGUGUGGCCUUCUCCAAUCAGCAGAGCUACAUUGCUGCCAUCAGCGCUCGCUUCGUUCAGCUGCAGCACAAUGACAUCGACAAAAGGGUGGAGGUGAAGCCGUACGUCCUGGAUGACCAGAUGUGUGAUGAGUGCCAGGGGGCACGCUGCGGGGGGAAGUUCGCCCCCUUCUUCUGUGCCAACGUCACCUGCCUGCAGUACUACUGCGAGUACUGCUGGGCCAGCAUCCACUCGCGAGCUGGCCGAGAGUUUCACAAGCCACUGGUGAAGGAGGGGGGCGACCGCCCUCGACACGUGUCCUUCCGCUGGAGCUGAGGGGGGGCUCACGAGUCAGCCCUGCCCCGGUGAAACCCACGCCUGACCCCCACCAACCCCCUCCCCUAAAAAAAAAAAAAAUCCUGCACCCCCCUGCUACACCUACAGUCCGGGACAGUGCUGCAACACCCCCCAGCCCCCCCCCUCUCCUCCCUCCUCCGGCCCCACGUACUCCACCCUGCUCCCCACAAACACCUCAUGAAAAAAGCAAAAAGGAUAUCAUCAGACACAGUACACGGGACUUUCUUCAUACCACACGGCUCUGAACUCAUUGUCUAGUGUUCCCCUCUGAUGAAGCAUUGCGGGGAAAUGAAAUGCGGAAAGUCUAUCAGCUUAGAAUUUGCACUUUGGCACAAAAUCUCACUAAACACACACUCUCUCACACACACAGGAUGGUAUGCUAGACACCUGGAUACUUUCAGUUCCCCGUUCUGUUGACUGGGUGGUGUGGUACGUCCUGUCAGGACCCUCCCCCCCUUACUGAGGCAGAGGUGGGACCAUACAAAUAUUUUAAAAAAGUAUAUAUUUUUUGUUUUGUACCUAUCUAUACAUAUAUAGAUAAUUUAAAUUUAAUGUAAAAGGAGCAUGCACUUAUUUUCAAAAGCUGUAGUUAUAUUGCCCCUAGUAAAAAAAUAAUAAUAAUAAUAAUUACCAAAGGCAAAUGAAAUUAAUGCAUACAGAAAAGCAAAUUAGGUGGCAUAAGAUGUAGCAAGAUUUAACAACUAUCAAGUAGUGUGGGCCUGUAACGCCCAGAGUAAAAAUAACACGGCUAUAUUUGCUCUCAAUUCUGACUCUGAAAAUAUUAAUACCUCAUAUGCGCAAUCAGAUUAGUUUGCUUUUCGAUAUCUAGGUCUUUAUUUUUAUAAUAACAUUAUUUUUUAGUGUUAUGUAAAUGUAAUGCUGCAAUAGCUUUGCUGCUAAAUCCAUGGUAUAAACGGAUACCAUAAGUACUUUAUUCAGGCUAGGGUGUAAAAUAAUAAACAACUGAAGCACCUGGUGUUUUAGGAUGACGAGCUAUCAUAGGGGGGAGGGGGGCGCCCCUAGACAAACGAUGGCUACCUUUUGUGGGGGGUUCGGGGUGGGUGGCCCCUUAACUGCAUGUUUAUUUCAAUCAGGUUGCUGCAUGCAAUAGACUUUUUCAGUAUCAUGUCUACUAUUCGAUUCUGCCCAUGUUUGCACAACACACUAUAGACGUACGUUCGACUCGCACAAAACUGGACAGACACAGGGAAGACUGGUCAAAGGAAUCAUGGCGGCGGGUCGCUGACAGAGCAGUCGGUUCCUGCAGAAACGGGCAGAGAACACAUCGAGACGAUGAGGGGGGAAAAAAAUAAAAACAACCUUAAUAAUCACAAAUCAAAUUAAAUGUAGGAUUACCAUUUAAAGCUGUCUAUAAUAGGUGAAGUACUUUUUUGCAGUGAUUGUUGAUAUAAUUGUGCAAUUUUUUAUACCGUAUGUAGUUAGGUCUGAGUAUGCCUAGAACUGUGAUUCGCUUUAACUGUCGUUAAUGUCCGACAUAGAAGUCCUGUGAAACUUCAUAACUAGUGUAUGCACACGUAUAUAUGUUCUCUUGUACACACACUUGCACCAGUAUACACAGAAGCCUCUCGACACACAUGAACACACACAUACAGACACACACACAGACAUACAGAUACACAAACACACACACACACACACGGACGGCUGUCUUUCUUACGCACACUUAACAGGCCUACAAACACUGAGUCUGAUCGGAAGAGAAGACGCAAUAAUGUGAGCUUAAACUGAGAACUGAGGGUUUUUUUUAGUUGUUUUUUUUUUUAAAGAGAAUUUGUUCCACCGUUGUUGACAAAAGCGCACGUUUACGUCCCAGAACGCAACCAAAGAGCUCACGUGUUCGACUUUUGACACACCACCUAUAUAACACACAGAGCAAACAGCCACCCGCGGAGGAGGCUGCGCUGCUCCUGCGGCCUCCUUGCAGAGGAGCUGGUGGUGCAGCGGUGCAGUCGAUUUUUAGAUGAGGAAAAAAGAGGGUAGUUGCGAAGAGGAAUGUGGGAGGGGGGGAGGGAGUAAUAAAUUGACACAUUGAAGCUACUGGAGACUUGAGGUUGAUAAACUGAGCUCUGCACGUGCUCUCUACAUGGCUGGCGUGGGUGGAUGGGUGGGUGAGGGUGGGGGGGUGGGUUGGGGGGAACAAUAUUGCCAGAACAUGCAAAUGUGCAAGCUGUGGGGGGCGGGGUGGGGAGGGAGGGUUACCAUAUUUAUCCAGAUUUUUUUUUUCCUGCAAAGCUUGAAGUAAUGGACCUGCUAAAAAAAGGUGGACUUUUUUUUUUUUUUUUUAAUCAAAAAAGGUUAUGGUGCGCAAUUCAAACAGGCUCGGGUGGGUGGGGAAGGGGAGACAGAGAGGGGGGCUCUAGAAACUGUACGUACCGGCUGCUGAAGACAGGGCGGCUCUGGUUUUGGGGGUAAGGGUGUGGGGAGGUCGGGCGUGGGGGGCCAAGUUACACUGGUUUUAGCAGUUUUGUGGACAAUCCGGACGGGAAUCCUACAUCACUGCAAGUUAAUGUGUGUCGUCGUCGUCCCCCCCCCCCCUUUUUCUUUUUGUUCGGCCGCGAGUUGUGAUUGUCCCGUGCUGGCACCCCGCAGUCCCUCUCCUCUUUCUCGUGUUAGUCGCAAACUGUUUUUUUUUUUUGCUUUAGGAUAGAUGUUUUUUUUUUUUUUUUCUUGUCCAUGAAAAAAAUGAAUUGAAACUAAGCAGAAGAUACUUUUUUACUGACUUAAAAAAAACAACACGAGGCUAACCAUGAGUAAUAAUAAGUAUCCCUAUGAAAGUGAAUUCUGGGUGUUUUUGUGACAUUUCUUUCCCCACCCAGACAGGUUUUCUAUGUUUGUUCCUUCUCUAUGAUAGAUAUUUGUUAUGCACUACUCUUUGUAUCUGAACAGUUUUCGACAGUCAGCAGUUCUUUUUGUUAAAAGAAAAAAAAAGACGACAAAGCGUGCUUUCUGACUGACAAGAUCUUUUGCAAUACCUCAAUUUUGAAAUAUAUUAGGAGAGAAACUGAUAUUUUCUAAGUAAGUUUAUUCAGAUGAAAAAAUAUAUAUUAAUUUAAUUCUUCAAGAGAAAUGAUUUAACAGAUGGUUGAUUUUUUUAUUUUUUAUCAUGCUUAUUUGCUUUUAUUUUAAGAAUUUAUUUUUUUGAAAAAAGACAACAACUGAAGGAGCUAGAGCUUUAUAACUAAUAUAAUGAUGUAGUUAGUGUGAGAGUACAGUCUACUUUAUUACAGUGGAGGUUAGAGUCAGAGUGUCCCACUGGUGAAAUUGGUUGAAACAUCACCGAGAAGAGCUCUUUAGGAAAAAACAAAAUAUCAGGUGCUCAGAGAGAAAACUGAACAUAUUUCCCACGUUUUGUAUAUUUAUAAUCAAUCAUUUACUAUGCUGACCAGAGUUGUGAAAGAGAUCUUCUGUUCAUUAUUUUUUUAAGAGAAGUUUUUUAUGUUUCCUAAAAGUAUGUGCUCCCUUUUGUUUUUGUAAAAAAGCAACGUGACCCUGAUUUGUUAGCCUGACUUCGCCCGGAGAAAAACUGAAAGAGACUUGUGAGAGUCACUGAACAGCUGGAGGUAGAGAGAAAAGAAUGUUAUUUUUAACACAAAACAGACACAAGUGUUUUCACCUGUAACUUGAUCGAAAGCCCCCAAGGUGCAUCAAUUGACUGGUGGCCUUCUAUUCACGCAAGACUUGAAUUAGUCCCAUUUUUUAAGGCUAAGAACCUUGAUUAUUUGUUGUAAUGUGCAAUACUGUUUGUACUGUUUGUAGAAAAGAAGAAAACAAAAAAAAGAGGCAUAAAUCUUUAUUGCAGAAUUAUUUUCAUUGCAAGCAUUGUGAUUCACUAAAAUCAUUUUCUACUGUGUAUUUACCUACUCUACCUGCUAGUACCUUCCAGUAGUAAUGUAGCCUUUGUACUGAGAAAUUUUCAUUAUUUUUAGAAAGUUUUGCUAAAAAAGAAAAGAAUUUAAACAUAUUUACAUAUUUUCAUUUUUAUUUCGUAUUUUUUCUUUACAAACUUAUUUCUCAACCAUUAAUAGUUAUUUCUGGGGGAGACUUUCAUAUCUGGUCAAUGUCAUUAAUAUUAUUUUGUAUUUUUACUUGGAAUAAAUUAAUUUUAUGAUGCUAAUUCUUUAAAAGUUUAUUUUUUCGUUUGUUCACUUUUUUUUCAUUGUUUUGAAGCUGAAAAAAAAAACAACAACUUUGUAAUAUUGUUACUAAAGUGUCUCGAUUCUUGAAAAUGCUAAGCUUUAUGUGUUAACUCGCUGAUGUUGCUUUACAUUAGUGUGAAAAUGAUCUACGGAGAAAAAAAAAACUCACAAACAACGAGAUUGGUGGUUGGUGAUGUUUAAGUGAUUCGCAGUGUAAACAAAUGAAUGGGCAAUACAAUAAAAUGGCGGAAUGGAGCAUA